UCAAAAUGGGGUUGUGGCCAAAAUUUUCCAUGAUCAAGAUCAUGAAUAAGCCCAGCGCUAGUGCUUGAAGGUCUCGUCCCGUGACGUGAAGACGCUGGUCUACUUCCUUGGAUACAACUUUGAGGGCAUACACGCUCUGGGUAACCACUAAACAUGGAUGCAACCAGUGAAGCAAGUGCAGAGGGCGCAAAGCUGUGGGGGGGCAGAUUUGAAGGGUCUGUGGAUCCUGUAAUGGAAAAGUUCAAUGCUUCUAUCUCAUAUGAUAAAGCUAUGUGGAAGCAGGAUAUUCAGGGAAGUAUUGCAUAUGCAAGAGCACUACAGAAAGCACAGUUGUUGACUGAAGAAGAGUGCAGCACAAUCAUCAAUGGCCUUGAGAUGGUGAAGCAGGAGUGGACAACAGGUGUCUUUGUUAUUCAGCCAAGUGAUGAGGACAUCCACACUGCUAAUGAAAGGAGACUCAAGGAACUGGUUGGAGAUGUGGGAGGCAAAGUUCAUACUGGGAGGAGCCGUAACGACCAGGUGGCAGUGGACAUGAGGCUGUGGUUGAGGGAGCAUCUGCAGCAACUGGCUCCUCACCUCCAACGGCUUAUUCAGGUUUUUGUUGGCCGUGCUGAAAGAGAAAAGCAAAUUCUGAUGCCAGGCUACACUCACCUCCAGCGGGCUCAGCCAAUCCGCUGGGCUCAUUGGCUUCUCAGCCAUGCCUGGCCAAUCGUGAUGGACUUGCAGCGUCUACAGGGCUUGUAUACGAGAGUCAACGUGUGCCCCUUGGGAUCUGGUGCCUUGGCUGGAAAUCCCUUUCAGGUGGACAGGGAGAAUCUUGCACGGGACCUGGGCUUCCAGACAGUAACUAAGAACAGCCUCAAUGCAGUUGGAGACAGGGAUUUCAUUGUUGAGUACAUGUUCUGGGCCAGCCUGGUUAGCUCUCAUUUGAGUCGUCUAGCAGAGGACCUCAUCCUAUACUCAAGCAGAGAGUUUGGAUUUGUUGAGCUGUCUGAUGCUUAUGCCACUGGAAGCUCUCUCAUGCCCCAGAAGAAAAAUCCAGACAGCUUUGAAUUAAUACGAGGGAAAGCUGGCACCAUGGCUGGUAAUCUGUGUGGCUUUCUCAUGGUUAUUAAAGGUCUGCCAUCUACAUACAAUAAGGAUUUACAAGAAGACAAGGUGAAGAUGUUUGAAACAGCUUCAACACUGCUGGGAAUCUUACAGGUGGCUGCUGGGGCUGUGGAAACACUGAAGGUGGACAGUGAGGCAUGUCAGCAGGCUUUGUCUGAAGAAAUGCUGUCCACAGAUAUUGCAUAUUAUCUUGUGAAGAAAGGGAUGGCAUUUCGCACUGCUCAUGGAAAAGCUGGUGAGGUUGUGAGGCUGUCGGAAGAUCUUGGCUGCCCAUUCUCAGAGCUACCUCUUGAUCAGCUAACAAAAAUCAGCUCACUGUUCACAGAGGAUGUCUCAUCUCUAUGGAACUUUGAACACAGUGUGGAGCAGUACUCAGCAAUUGGUGGAACUGCACUUGCCAGUGUUAAUUUACAGAUCACACAAGCUAAAGAGUUCCUCAACAGCUUUUCUCUGUUCCCACAGACCUCAGUGGUCUCUUAAAUCUUCUAGUGCUUCACCAAGUUGUAAAUUCAUGUGUUUAAAGGUUUAGUAGUUUGUAUGUAGGCUUAUCAUCUAUCUUCUUUCUGGUAGCAAGGAGGAAGGAGAUACAGGCAAAUGAAAAUUUAAUCUAUAUGUAAGCUGCACUGAUCCACAUAUACAAGUACAUGCAUGCUUUCUGCUUUUGAGGUAUUUUAGGCAUGUGUACAAGAGUUUGAUGGAUGUAAAGAAGGCUAAGUACCACGUAAUAACAACAGUUAAUGCUUCAGUCCAUAAAAAAGGCACCUCCUUAUGAAAUUACCGUUAAUGAAAUUUCUGAGAAUUUUGCACUACCUGGACUUAAAGGUGUAUAUAUAUAUAAUUUUUUUUAGCUUGUGGUAUCAGACAUCUUGAUGUAUAAUGGUCUCCCUAUCAGGGUGGCUAGUGAGGGCCUUAGUGCCUUUCUGCAGGCCAUCAAGAAAUGGUUGUGUGAGGGUCAUUCCAACUCCAGUUCCCAAAAUUAUGGAACCGUUAUCCUUCCCAAGAUGGCUAGGGAAACAUUGGAAGGUGUUGUUGUCUGACCACAUCCUCUUGUUCCACCGCUCACCACUCUUUCCAUCUGUAUUUCUUGAAAAUGCAAGUCUUUUCAUGGCAUCAGCAAGAAGUAAUUUCUUGGCAAUAGUGUGGCAGGGAAGUUGCAAAUCUUUUUUGGUGACAGUUGGAAAGAAUGCAGGCAAUGACAUUUCCAGAAACAUUCAGGUGGAUUUUCUUGGGCUGCAGUGCCGUCCCUUGGAAAUUUCUAGUCACUUAUCACAGAAGGUUAUCUGUGACAACAGGACUCUUGCAGAAUCAGCCAUGGAUGGUUCUAUAGGUGGAAACAGUAUCAGGAAAUACUAUGAGCAGCAGCCAACAAACACAUCAUGGUGUGAUUUCUACAUCCACCACAAACACAGAUAUCCUUGAUAACCACAUUUUCCUCUCCAUCUUAAAAUACAGCUUUUUUCAUUGGAAGGGUAUGCACAACCCAUAUUUCACAGCUCCAUAAUCCUGGGUGCAAAGGGUUGAAGCAGUUCUCAUGCACUCGCGCAUCAAGGGCCUCUCUAGCCACCCAACUGAUGAAAGGUUAUGCAAGAUUUCAAGGAGCUGCACUGUCAUGUUUGAUUUCAUAAGGUGGUGCCUUGAGUUUUGCAGUAACAGCAGUACAUUCAGAUGAAAUACAUUUUAAAUGGCAGGUGGGAUGUAAGUAAAAACUUCAGUGCACUUGUGGCAUUUGGCUUUGCAGCAUGUGCACUCCCUAAGUUCAGUUAGUGUAUCAUAAAUAGUCUUGUAAAAUGUACAAUAAAUUGCAAAACCCUUAAAUUAUGAUACUGAGAAGUAUUGAAAUAUGAGACUAUACUGAAAUUUGAUAUAAGUGAGACAUGACAAAAGGUAUAAUGUAACAAUAUGUAAUUUGUCAGGAAUGCAAUAUAAUAGUAAACCUUUACCA